GUUCAGUUCUCUCAUAUACCUAUUCAACUCACUUCCUUAUUCUUUACAAAAAGAAACAUAUCAUCUUCACAAUGGCCUUCACAAUGCAUUCCCACUCGGGGCAGUUCUGCCCCGGCCAUGCUGUUGAUGAGCUCGAGGAUAUUGUCAAGCACGCUAUAUCUAUUGGGUAUAAGACCAUUGGCCUUACAGAACACAUGCCGCGUUAUGAAGAGCGAGAUUUAUAUCCCGAAGAGCUCGACGACCCCCAAGCCUCCCUUCAAGUACUCCCUCCUCGACACAACGCCUACAUCCUGGAAGCCCGCCGCCUCCAAAGGGCCUACGCCUCCCAAAUCCAUAUCAUCAUCGGCUUCGAAGGCGAAUUCAUCCGCCCUUCCUUUGCCCCUCUCGUCCAGAACCUCUUCGCUGAAUCUCCCCACAUCGACUACUUCAUUGGCUCGCUCCACCAUGUGCACAGCAUCCCCAUCGACUUCGACAAGGUCAUGUACGCGGAUGCCGUGAAAGCGGCCGGCGGGUCAGAAGAGCGUGUGUAUGAGGACUAUUACGACUUGCAGUUUGAGAUGCUGAAGGCUCUGAAGCCUCGCAUUGUGGGCCACUUUGACCUCAUUCGGUUGAUGAGUGAGGAGCCAGGCAGGGAUGUGCGGCAGUGGGAAGGCGUCUGGCAGAGAAUCAAGCGAAAUCUAGAGUAUGCUGCCGAGAUUGGGGCCUGGCUGGAGUGUAACACCUCAGCUCUUCGAAAGGGCCUCGCAGAGCCAUAUCCAUGCAGGGUUAUUUCAGAGCAAUGGCUUCAACUAGGCGGUAAAUUUACAAUGUCAGAUGACAGCCAUGGAAUCGCCCAAGUAGCAACAAACUACUCACGCGCUCUCACAUUCUUGGAAAGCCUCGGCGUCGAGCAAGUCUGGACAUUCCAACGUCAAGACCACCCCGAAGCCGGAGAGGUCACCAAGGCAGCGCUCACCGACGUGAGCGUUUCACUCAAAGAUUUCCGUCAACACUUUUCAUAGAGCUUCUUUUUUUUUUUUUUUUUUUUUU